CCGGCACCGGCAGCUGGUGUCAGGGCGGCUAGUUCAAGUUGCCAUAGCGGCGAGGUGCGCGGGGAGGUUUCAAGAUACUAAUGGCAGAUUCAUCCAGUGAUUCAGACAACUUUCUUAGGGGUCAAAUAGGAAGGCGGCCACCUUUGAGAGCAUUCCAUAACAGAGCUCGGAACUAUGGUGCUGAAGAAGUUACAGAGAAGAUCCAUACUUUAGCAAGCACUUUACAGGAUACCAACAGAAAUCUAAGACAUGUUGACCAUUUGCUAGGACAAUACAGAGAAUACAACAAGGAACAAACAGAAGCAAUAGCAACUUUAAAAGAAACACUGGAACAAUCUAUAGGUCAAUUAAGGAGCCAACCAUUAACCCGAAACUCUGGAAUGAGAAGUGCAUCUCUCUCAAGUUUAUACCCUAGUGAUCUGGAUGGAGAAGGAGUGUCAGGGAACCACCACUUCCUGCCUACUUCUCCUCUCAGGGAUUAUGGAGACUCACAGGGCAAUAAACAUCGAAGGUCUAGAUCUGCAAGUGUUCGAUUUGUCAAUGAUGCAGAUAAUUUGGACCAGCUGCAUUCUUUCCACCAGUCUCUUCGUGAUCUCAGUAGUGAACAAGUUCGCCUAGGAGAUGACAUCAGUCGGGAGCUUUCAAGAAGAAAUCGGACUGAUGCUGAAUUAAGAAAGACUCUAGAAGAAUUGUCUGAAAAGCUCACUGAGUCCCAAAGACAAGAAACGGUAUCGGAGCGGGUAGAGAGAAGACUUCAGGAGAUAGAACAAGGAAUGCGUGCUGAAAGACAGCUUGUAGAAAGGCGCCAGGACCAACUGGGACAUAUGUCUCUUCAAUUACAAGAGGCUUUAAGGAAGCAUGAUGCUAAAGCAGGUGAAACAGAAGAACUCAUGAAAAAUAAACUUGUGAAAUAUGAAAGUGAAAAGAACCAACUUGAGCAGCAAUUGGAGCAGUCCCAGAAAAAGUUGAGUGAAUCAGAAGGCAGUAGAGAAGCUCUUUUGCAUCAGAUUGAGGAUCUUCGUUCUCAGCUUUUGAGAGCAGAAGAAGACCGCGCAGAGUUGCAACAUCAAAUUUCACAUGUUGCUAUGCACCGCCAGAGCUACCAGGAUGUACAAGAUGAUGACAGGAGAAUUAGAACAGUAGCUGAAAGAUAUGAGAGAGAAAAGCAAGAACUGGAGAAACAUAUUUUGGAGCUUAAAACAAAGCUGAGUCAUAAUGCUGUAAUGUCAGAGGUAGAAGAACUAAAGAGAUGCAUAGAGCAUAAGGACAAGGAGAAAGCACAGCUUGUAAUGCACAUACAGGUGUUAACAUCUGAUCUGGAAAAUAGGGAAAAGCAGCAGGAAAAAAUGCUGAACCAGCUAAAAGAGAUACAGAGUUGCUACAAGGCGUGUGAGAAUGGACGUAGACAAACGGAACUCCAGUCUGCUGAGUUAGCUCAACAGGUUGAAGAGAGUAGUAAGGAAGCAGAACGGUACCUCACUGAAUUCAAGCAUUCAGAGGCACUCAGGCUGGAGAUUGAGAAAAAAAGAGAAGAUUUGAAGGUGAGAGCACAAGAAACCAUCCGCCAGUGGAAGCUUAAAUGUAAGAAACUGGAUCGUGAGGUAGAAAAACAAAAUGAUACUAUCAACAAACUGAUGGACAAGAACAGUCAGGUCCUCAAAGAAAAGGAUGAUCUCAGAAGUCAACUUCUCUCUGCUAUACACCAAAUAGAAAACCUUCGGAAAGAGCUGAAUGAUGUGCUUACAAAGAGAGCCCAGCAGGAAGAACUCCUCCACUGCAAGGAGGUAAAACUGAAUGAAAUGAAGUCUCACCAAGUAUCUCUCGAAGAAGAGAUCAAAGAAGUUCAAGGUACUGUAAAUAAAUUGGAGAAUGAGUUGAAAAAGCAAGUCUUUCUACAAAAUCAAAUGCAAGCUGAAAAGGAACACUUGGAGAAAGAACUUGCAACUAUUAACUUGAUCCAUAAAAAAGAUCAAGAAAGACUCUUAGAAAUGCAAGCAGAUGUAAAAAACUUAAGCUCUGUACGUGUGGAACUUACAAACAGAAUAGCAGAAGAGGAGAAAGUAAAAAAAGAAUUACAUAAGAGUCUCUCAGAUCUCCAGAAACAUCAGGAGUUUGAGCAUGAAGAGAUGACUUCAGCUAACAAGCAGCUGAAGAUGGAAAGAGAAGUUCACCAACAGGAGUUGGCAGAUCUUAGAUCAGAGUUACAAAACGUUAAAAUCAAACAUGAACGAAAUGUUCAAGAGCUCAUGAAACUCCUUAAACAAGAGAAGGAUGAUGCAGAGACUCAUAUUAGAAUGCUAAAGAUGGAACUUUUAGAAGAGAAAAACAUAGUCAAGACUCAGUGUCGACAACUGGAGAAGAUAAAAAUUGAGUGUGAUAAAUUGACAGAAGAAUUAACCCAAAAUGAAGAAGAAAAUAUAAAACUCAGGCGGAAAUGUGAGUUUGUAAAACAAGAACUGGAAAAAAAGGAUAAACAGAUCAGCAAUGAAGAUCAUUUGAGAAGGAUGGAUGAGGCCAGACUGCAGUUUAAGGAUCAGCUGCGUCACUUAGAAAUGGAACAGGAAUCCAUUCUCACUGUGAUAGGAAGUGAAAUUGAUGCUGCCUGUGAAAUUUUUUCUCGGGACUCCAUGGAGAAAUUCAAAGCAAUAUCACUUACACCAAUGGUGCUGAAUGAUCCUCAUCGCUGGUUAGCAGAAACAAAGACUAAGCUUCAGUGGCUGUGUGAGGAGGUAAAGGAGAGAGAAAGUAAGGAAAAAAAGCUGCGAUGCUAUUUACUUCAGAGCCGAGAACAACUCAAGCACUUUACACAGAUGAAGGAGGCUGAACAUCAGUCUCUCUUUAAACAGAUUAAAAAGCAAGAAAAACUUUUGGAAGAAGUUCACAGAGAAAAAAGAGAGCUACUAGAGAAGACCCUCCGAAGAGAGGAAGAAAUGGGAGCUCUCCAGGAACGUAUUAUGGCCUUAGAAGUGAGUACUCGAAUAGCUUUAGACCAUCUGGAGUCUGUUCCUGAGAAACUGGGCCUUUUAGAAGAUUUCAAAGAUAUUGGAGAGUCCCAUUGCCGAAGGGAGAUGAUUGAGGAAAGGUAUACGAGGUAUAAAGAAAUAGUCAGUUCUCUACAGCAACAACUGGAAGAUUCAAAACAAGGUGUCCAACAAUUCAAGGAUGUGAAAGUGGAUCCUGAAAUUUCUGAUAUAGAAGUGGCUGCUCCCUCUUCUAGAUGGCGAACUCAAAACAGCUUUUUGUCCAGCUCACUCCUCUCAGAUUCAGGUUCACUUGUGAAAAGAAUGGUUCCUUUUGAGACAAGUGCCAUCAAGGAAGAUUCCAUUAAUGCUGCUGUCAGUGAAAUGAAGCUGCAAGCAGAGAGUGAGAAGCAGUAGAACAUUUUACAGAAACACACCAGCUUUCUCUGUGGUAAAUACCAUUCCACUCCAUGUUGGUUUUGAACAGUAGUAAUUCCAUGUGCUGUAGGAGUGAUGCAACCUUAAUGAUUCAGCUAUUGCCAAACACUUAAAUGAUAGAGUACCAAGAGUGAGUCUAAUGAACUCUUGUGAUAAUUUAUGUAAUUUGUACACCAAAGGUUUUCUGGGAUUAUGCUAUUCUCAUGUAUUUGUUUCUGCAGUCCUCCUAAACUAAAUUUAUGGUAUUCCUGAAGUAUUGUGAAAUGAAAGACCUGUGACAUUAAUCUUUGCUAUAGCUUAUUUACCCCUGUACAGGAAUUGUUCUGACAUUUGUUUUUUUAUAACAUUUAGUAACAUUAUUAAUAAUGAAAAAAAUAUUCAGAAAUUACCUUUGUCUUAAUAUUUAUUAUGAGAGUCAUUAUACACUGUUGUGCAGACACACCUGUGAUUUUAGGUUCUUCAGUUUGCAACAAUCUUUAAAGAGAGAAGUGCUAAAUAUUAAACAAAACCAAAUUUCCUCAAAAUUAGUGGAAAUUCUUAUAAUGAUUUCAGGUUCAGCAUAUAUCUGUUAUAAGCUGUUUAGAAUUAUUCUUCUGACCAGAACAAUAACCUCUGGUAAGGCACUUAAAAGCACCUGAAUCUCACCCAUCUGUAUUAAGCAUGUUGAAGGGCACUGCUAUGUGGCUGUGAAAAUUUUAAUAGCAGGGUUUAAUGAUCAUUUAUUUAUUCUAUUUUGUUCUCAAUUAGAAGAAGUAUGUAAUAUUGAUUUUAAAAUGUUAUGGAAAUACAAUAUUGCACAGUCGUAUUUGUUCAGAUAUCUCUAUUCUAAACAAAUUGGAUACAAUUCUGCAUUACUGUGGCCUCAAACAGCACAUCACAGCAGAAUUUUCUGCUGUUGAAAGAAAUGCAAGUGUUUCUGGUCCUUGUUUUGUCCUCCUCUCUAGUGCUUCCCGUUGAAUCACUACUAAUGUACCUUGAAAAAAUUGCCAAAUCUAUCAGAGUAUUGUAGCAACAUGAACACUAGUGAAACCAUUUUGUUUUGUAGGCUCCUUUCACAUUUAAGAACCCUAUUUCUUCACUGAAACAGGCUAUUUUUAGCACUGUAGGUACCUCAGGCAUAAUUUGCAGGUCACUAUGUGCCACUUGAAAACAGGACUGUUUUUUGGAUAGGGUUGUUUUUUUAUUUUUGUUUUUUUUUUUAUAAUUUUCUGAAGAAGUGUUCUGCAGUCCCAGUGGGUUCUCUGGACAGUGCAAUUACCUGACAAUCCCAUUAUAUUCAUCCUGUUUCAAGCAGAACUUCUUAAGAUGUUUGAGAACAUCCAAAUCAGACAAGGAAAUGGGAAAAAAAAUGAAUUAAUUUUUAUUUCAUUUUCUAUACACCUAAGUUACUUAAAAUUGAAAGAAAAAUCUGAUUUGGUUAAAAAAAGCUUUCUUUACCUGUUGUAUGUCUAUAAUGCUAUGCAUUGUAGUGCUGGCAUUGGCUUUUUGCAGACUUCUGGCACAUCUGCUCAUUCAGAAGGUCAAGAAAGCAAAACAGGCACAUCCACCUCUUCUGAUCUCAACAGCAAUGACAGGUCCAAGACAAAAACAUAAACAAAUAAACUUCUACUCUGGAGAAGGCAGGACAAAUAGAAACCUGUUUGUGUCAUGGUCUGCAAAGAGUGUGGAUGUCCUGAAACUGUUUAGCUCAAGCCACAGUUACCAUAAACUAAACUUACUUUAAGUGUAUCCAACAUUUGUAAUUUAUUUUUUUAAUUAGAUCAGAGCACAGCUGGAAAUAUGGUGUUUAAAGUAUUUUAGCUGGUUUGCCUGGUGAAACAUUAAAAAAUUGCAAAAUAAAAUGUCACCAGCUUGUAGACUUUAUAGUACCUAUAAAUUAUGACUAGAAAUAUAGAAAGGUAAUUUUAAAAUACAUUAUAAAACAGUAAAUCAUGCUCUCAAAACACCUCAUGUUGUAAUGAGGUCUGAUGCAUGGAUUGCUGAUGGAUAAAUAUAUGCCCAACCCACUUUACUGAAGUUGAAACAAUUUUUGAGGUAAAGCACCUGUUGGUAAAUGACUGGAGCUGUAAGAAUCUCAGCUGAGAAGUAAUACACAGAAAAACAAUAUCCUCUCUUUUUCCCAAGAAAUUUGUAAAAAUCUGGAUAUUGAUUGCGCUUACCAUUUUAUGUAUUUAUACAUUUUUUUCCUCAAUUGUAACUCAGAAAUCUGAAGUCUGUUUCCUUAAAACAGUAUCACUUCUGCUUUAUAAUGUUAGAAAACUAAGGACAAUCAGUCUGAACUCCCUCAUUAUUACAUCAAAUAUUAAGUCGAUUUUUGUACAACUCGGGACAGAAACAUCUACUAGGUGAAUAAUUUUGCCUUUAAGACUUUAAAUAUGCUCAGUGUUUAGUAUAUUUGUCUUUGGCCAAGUGACUGGGUUUCCAGCAGAGUUUUAUAUCCUUUUUUAAAAUUUUCUAAAAAGGCUGGGGUAACAGAAGGGAAGAAGUCAAACCACAAAAAAAAAAAGAGGAAUUUUUAAUGAGUAGGCUUGCAGACUCCAAAGCCAGGAAAUUCUUUCUUAAAUUUACCCUUUUGGCAUGGCAGUCCAGAUAGCAUGUAAUAUUUGUCUCUCUUCCACCUUUGAUAGAGGUUCAUAUUACAAAGUGAAUUUUGUUUCCUUUUUACUGAGGGCUAAAGUUCUAUUCGUGACAUUAUGUGAAACUGUCCCUUCGUGGUUAAAGAAAUAAUAUUUUUUCCAUAUUGGCCUGAAAUAAUAUUCCUCUGACCAGUUUCAGUUUUUAAAGUAGAAAACCAGAUAAUAUUUUAAUAAAACAUUUUGUAUAUGUCAGAUCUUAAAAAUUGCUGUCCCUCUGGGCAAUCAGAUUUUUGUAAUGCUUUAACUCUUUAAUGACCCAUUCCUUGAUUCUUGCCCAAAGUUUUCAAUAACCAAAAAAUGUGGUAUGACACCUGAAAACUGUGGUUUGUUUCUUUGUUCUUUUCAGCAUUUGGUAAAUCAGGCAACUUUGUAUAUAUGUACUAAGUGCAUACACAUUUAACAAGCUAGUAUCAGGCAUCUGUGUCUUUUUAAUGCUGUCCUGAAAUACAGUCGCUCAAUAUUGUGCUUUCGGUAAUCCACUGGCCCUUUAUUUCAUCAUCAAAUAAUUGUCUCUUGAAUAACCUUUACAUUUUAUGCCCUUUAGUUCCUUAAUGUUUUACAGCAGACUUAAGAGUACUUAUUUUUAAUUAUUUUUGAGUUGUCACUAAAUAUUCAAAAAUUUAUUUUUAUUAUGUAAUUAUGUCCACCUAAGAAGAAAGAUCAAAAUAAAAAUUAAACUUCAUCCCGGAUAAAAAAUAAAAUUUUACAUUGUAAAACAAAGCAAUUUUCUUACAUUUGCUUCUCAAAGUUUUGAUGGAAGCCAGUCUUCAGUGAUGGUGAAAGUACUUCUUGGAUAUUCAAACCUCAGCCACAUUUUUACUAGCUAUCCCAUGAAAGUAAAUAAAGAAGAUAUAUUACAAUUCCUUAGAACAAAGAAAAUAAUACUAUUCAAAAAUCCACUUUUGAGCUAAGGAAUCUGCAUAUCAGUUCAUCUCUGGCUUACAAGGCAUAUUCUGUGCACUGUGUAGCAGUGAAUGAAUUUUUCAUAAAUGAAAGUGCCAAUAUUACUUUGAAAGUAAACAAGUAGGUACUUUUGUAACAAUGAUACCAUUUUUAUGGCUAAAAAUUAGUCGUAUGAAACUGAAUAACAUCCUCAUACUACAUUCUACAACAUGCAGAAGAAUUUAUUUGUGAAUUUAUGUGGGACUGCUUGUUACGAUUGAAUUUUACAAUGGCUCUGUUAAACUCUUCAUGUUCAAAGUGUGUUAGUAAUAUAUUUAUCUCUCUCUAAGCCCUGUGUUCAUCUCAUGGAAGUAAUUGAUACUGAAGUUAAUGUGAGCUGCACACCCAUAUCGGGGGAUGCAGCCUUGUCAAAAACGGAUGUGCAGGAGGACAUCACACAAAUUCCUGUGGUUUUGAUCUAAUUGUAGAAUUUUGAAGCAGAUAUAGAGGAAAACUAGUAGUAGAAGGAAUGGGAAUUACCUCAUGGUAAAAUUAAAAUUUCAAAACAUUUUUAUUCUUGGUGUAUUCAUUUAAAAACUGCUUUAGAGCUAGUACUUGUAUCUAAAUAUAAGUGAUCCCUAAAUAAGUUUCCAGAUUGGAUAAAUUAUUUUUCUUACAUACUAAAAUACUUUUUACUCUGGCACAACAUAUCUUAACUCUUUACUGUAAGCAUGUCUAGGCUGUUAUGAGUAUGAACUCUUGCUUUUCUAUGUAAAGAAUUGAAUUACAUUUUAAAUCUGAAGAACAUGUUAGUGCUGUAUACAGAAGUACAGCAGAGCAGAAUCUGAUAACCUUGGUCUUUUAAAAAUCUGUAAACUAAUGUCUCUGGGAAUGUUGACAACAAAAAUGAAGAAGAUUGCUGUGGUUAAAAUACAACAACAUCCAACAUUUAUCAUUUGUGCUAACAACAAUAGCUCUCAUGUUUCUAAAACUGAAGUUGCACAUCUGUCAUUUUUUAGGCUGCAAGAAUUAGAUUUUGUUUUCUCUUGCCUUAAUAGUGGCAAAAUCUGUAAUAUCAUGAGCCUUGAGAAAAUACGCAGUGAUGAUAGUUUUUAAAUUUCUAGUAAUUUUAAUUAGGUACCUACUUGGUGAUAUUUGGAACUAAAUAUUUUUUGGAACCUGACUGUUAACAUGUUUUCAUUGAAAUAUUACAUUUAAAUACAAGAACUGCAUAAAGAUCUCUUUUAGGAUAAUUCUGCUGUCUUUAUUUAGCGACAUGGCUCCUUAAUAUAUAUAUGUUUUGCUUGAAUAAGUACAGCAAUUGUUCCUGAGUUGUCUGUUAUUUUCAUCUGUCUUCAGACCAGAGUUGUUUUGAUCUUAGACUGAUUUUCUCAUCUGCCAUCUACAGUGCACUAGUAUGUCAUAAGACAUACCAUCAUUUCUUCACUUACCCCCUGUUAAUAAUUUUGGUAGUUGUUAUGCCCAGGGAAUUGAAUUACGUUAAUUUUGAAGACAGUUGUUUCUUAUAAUUUCUUUUCAUAUGAAUUCUACCACUCUUAUUUGUUUACUAAAAUAAAACCUACUUGGUAAACUGGCUAACAUCAGAUCACAUGCUGCCUAAUUUUAAAUAUUAUCGCACAGGCAAAAGUAAAUGUGUCUUACCAUGUUUGUCUAGAUUUUCUAAAUGCUACCAUUCAUUCUACUAUCGGUUUGUAGAGCAAAAUUGUUGUUGCAAUAACCCUGAAAUAUUAUUGAUUUUGGGCAGAAAAAGAGGCUACAACUAAUUUAGGAGAUCUGCGUAAGUGCUUAGUCUAGAACCUAAAAAAAUACAUAUUGCAAAAUAUAGUUCUUCAGUGUGUCGAUACCAAAUUGCCCUCAGUAGAAGCAGUUGCCAACAUCUAAAAUAUUUCAGAGAAGCAAUACCAAAAUUUGCUAAAGAUAAUCAUGGAAUCAUAGAAUCAUUUAUGUUUGAAAAAACCUUUAAGAUCGUCAAGUCCAACUGAUCGCACAGUAUCAUUCUGCAAAUAUGGAUUUCUGUGUCGCUCAUUAUUAAACAAGCACUGAACUGGGAAACCAGCCCAAUUUAUGCUCCGGCAUUAGGCUCUUCACAGAAACCAUCAGUGACCCAGUUUUGUAGUUAGUGUAGAAAAUGAUGAAGAUGAGCUGUGUUUUACUGCUGGUCAAGAGAAUAGUUUGCAUCUGUGGCAUAAGCUAUUUUGUGUACAAAGCUCAAUGAGUGCACCAUUUUUAACGAGGCUUUCACUGCUGGGUGCAGCACUAACAACACAUUCUCAUCCAAACAGCUGCAACCAUGAAGACAUCAUGUAGCUGGCAGAAUUUUUGUUACAUGUUUUGACUAACAGAAUGUCAAUAAGUCCAUCAGAAACCAUGGAGUUGUUUGUUUUGUUUUCACCAGAGAGGUUUCCAGUGCAGUCAUAAAGCUAGAAAAUGCAGAAACCUUAGUGAGUGGUGAGGCUCACUAGUCACACAAUGUGAAUCUGUUAGCCUGUUGACCAUUGAAUGAUUAGAGGUCUGUAAAUUAACAAUAGACUAAUCAACAAAGUUUUUUAAAAGUAGGACAAAAUACUGUUAUUUGGGAGAUAAAAAAAUCUCUGUGAAAAUGGAAAAAUCAAGUAUCAAAAGUCAUGGAACACUUCAUUUUUCCAGAAUGCAAGUAAUUUCUUAAACUUCACUACUGUGACAGCCUUUUAUAAACUAUCUUUGAAGGCCCUGAAUAUAUUAAUCAACAGACAUCAAUCCCACUUCAUGUCAGCUCUUACUGUGAGAGACUUGCUCACUUUGAUUUAGACUUAAUUAUGUCCCAUUCUUUGGGAAAUUCUGUUACGUGCACUGUGCACUGCAUCUCAGACUUGGAAUAAUUCCAUUGGUAAUAGCUGAUGUGCUAUGUAUGGAGUGCUGGCUGGUACAAUGUGUUUUAACAAAUAGAUCAGAUGUUCAAAUUUCAGCCUUUGUAUUACAUUGCCAGAAGAAAGUGACAAAUAGAUAAACAUUUAGACUGUAGGUAAGAGUGUCCUUUUGGUGUAUUACUGUGAUUUUGAAGGUGAAUCACUUUUGAAGCUGAGAUUUCUAUAUGUGCUUAUUAGGAAAAGCUGAUUUUUAAAUUCUUUCUUUCCUUGAAGAGCAUGAGAAAAAAAUGUUAGUCACUUUUGAGUUCUGGAACAUCUUUUGUCAUUUUAUCCUGCCAGUGUCUCAUUAAUUUGGGGAUAACUAAAAAAGCAGCUAGUUCUGAUACCUCAUUACAAGCACUCCUAAUUAAGUUGAUGCAUGAGUCAUUUGCCUCCAGAUCUUUUGUUUUCAUUUAAUUUGAAUAAAAUACAGUGUUUUUUACAUUUAGUAUUCUAAAACUGGAACAAAAUUAGUCUUGUGAUCUAGCUUUUAGGUUGGGAAAUUCUAAAACUAAGAUUGUCUGGGUGUCUUGUCCAUGUGCCACUGAACUUAUUACAUCACAUUUUGCAGUCAACUAGUACCACUGCAGUAUGCCAUAAAGUGACCUUAAAGAAUCUGCAGAAUUUCAAUGAAUUACACAGAUGCAGGAUGUCUCUGUACUGGUGUGAAGCCAGAAAGGUCGGUUUAAUACCUUUAAACCUUGUUGUACCUGUUCAUGUAAUGGAGAUAGGUGUAGUGGAAUGAAAUUCCUCAAUGUGCGAUUAUUUCCUGACAUAAAGUCCUUGACAGACCUUUCCCAUUCGUUAAGCAAGGAGUCCAGCUCCUGAUUUAAUAUAAAAGGCUCCCUGACCACAUUCCCAUAUAAACUCAACUCUCAGCAGGGUAUUAGGGACAUCUGUAUGAAAAAACGUGUUUCUGUCUUUUCUCUGUUAGAUUUUCAUCUUAUCUGUCCUUUCUCAUGAGUUUGAUUCUGUGUGUACAUAUAGACAUGUUGCUACUUUUCAUUCCUGUAAAAUACACCAGAGAAGGCAACGUGUUGAAGCUCACAUUUCUGUAGAAACCAGAACUAUAGAAGUUUCCUUCAAAAUUGAUUUCUGAAAUGUAAAGGUGUGUUCAGACUGCUAAUAGCUAUGUAGACACCAUGUAUCGUCCUGUUCACAUAAUUACGUAUCUUUAGUAUAAACAGAGACACGCAUAAACAUGUUCAUACACUGUAAAACUUUACUGGUCAAAAAGAAAAUUAAUCCUUUGUGCUUGGAAAUCAGUAAAGCUAACAGAAACCUUGUCUCUAAUAUCGGUGGAGUUAUGAUUUCAUGCUGAAUUUGAGAAAAGGAGGGAGAAAAGUUCUCAACCUACUUUUUCAUUGCGUUUUGGAGGUCUGCAAGUGUACAAUAUGUGCUGGUCUGGCAAUCAACAAAUACUGAAAAAUCCAUGGUCUUAUAAAAAUAAUUUCAUAGUAAACCGUAAACAUUUAGAAUAAUUUGGGACUAUUGCAUUUUUCUAUUUUAGAUUUUUUUUCAAAAUCUGAUAGAUGGGAUUUUGAGUUCAUUUUGGUUCUUGUAGAAGUGUUUUUAUUUUUCAAGAAGACUUAAAACAAAUUUAGUUUUGUAAUGAAAACUACUGUUUCAAAAUAAUGAAACCUUCUCAAAGGAGAGAUACUUCAUCUGUUAAGGUGUAUCAUUUGUAUUUCACACUCACCACUAAAUGUUUUGUUUCACAUCAGUUUUUCAAGAAAAUCUGGUAAUUCAUUAAGUACCUAAAAUAGGAAUUUUCAUAUGUGUAGCCAGAAGCUGAUUUUACCUUACAUCUAAAUACCAGCACUAUUGAUAGACUUUUUUUUUUUUUUUUUGAACAAAAGACUCAAAAUAAAACCAGUUUUGAUUAUUUGUUAGGCAUUCUCUGACAAAUCUUUUUUUUUUUUUUUGUCCUGUGAUAUUUUUGUCCCAAGAUAGCUUCCCAAAGUGUUUGUAUUCCAGUUUUUCCAUUAUCUGCCAUCGUCGGGGUGGGGGGUGUCGGAAGACAACUUAGCUAUCAUGAGAAUUACAUAGUGGGUUAAAAAAAUAUAGAAUCAUAGAAUCAUUUAGGUUGGAAAAGAUUCUUAAUAUCAUCAAGUCCAACCAAACUACUCCUUGACUUUUACUUUCUGUGAAUUGCAUGGAUGCAAAUAAAACUAAGUCUACAGUUUGCACUUUCAGAACAUCUCUUGCAGGUUGAGGAACAAAGCACUGUAGAAGUAUUAAAGGAGAAACUUGUUACCAUGUUAUUCCGAAGCCCAGGUCCUCAUCAACCUGUGAAGUUUGUGGUACUCACUCACACACAUGAGGUCUGACUCACGUGUCACACCAGUUUGAUUAUGGUGUGGGUGCAUUGACUUCAGAAUGCCUAUGCUUGAUUUAUACCAAUAUGAAGCCAGAAUCAAAUCUCAUGUAUUGAGUGUAAGGACCAAUCAGAACACAAAGUGCUGAGAUUGUGCCAAGUGGUUACAGUAUGAGGUGUAUGAAAGCUGUCUGUUGUGCAAUGAGUACGUUGCUGCAGACUGAUAGCUUGACACAGAGUCUGCCGGUAUGUUUAAGGUUGGUUAAGGGUCUUCCUGGAAAUUUCAUAUGUUAAUUUAAUGUCACCAUUUGUACCUACUUUCUGCAAUCAGAAUAUAAAAUGUUAGCCAAUGAAGCAGUAACAAAAAUAUCAAACUGCAUUACCUUCUGCUGACUUGGGACUUACUCCAAGCUAUUCUUGAAAGCAAGGUCGCAAGUGUUUAUUGCAUCUCAGGAGACAGUACCUUUGCAGGAUUAAAGCUGCUAGCUCAUAAUUUAAAGUGUAACAUGGAACAUUGUCAUUUUUGUAAUCUAACAAAAUAAAUUAUUUUUUCAAGCA